AUGAAAGGGAAUGAAAUGUCAAAAAAGGUACGCAUUUUCUUCUCGAAAUCAAACCAGUUCUCAUAUCGUCUCAAGAUGGGUCAUAGAGUUAAAGCUCUAAGAGAGAAACUAGAUGCAAUUUCAGCUGAUAGAAUCAACUUCCACUUUAAUGAGCGUCUUGUAGAGUCACAAAUUCAAAGUAGGGAAAAAGAGCAAACGCAUUCCUUUGUACGCUUAGAGGAAGUGAUUGGAAGAAAUGGUGAUAAAAGUGCAAUUAUAAAAUUGCUCCUAGAAACUAAUUCUGAAGAAAGUAUUAGAGUUGUCCCCAUUGUUGGGAUUGGAGGAUUAGGAAAAACUACACUAGCUCAAAUAGUGUUUAAUGAUGAAAAAGUCAUAGUACAUUUUGAGCUAAAACUGUGGUUUAAGCAAAUAACAUUUGAAAAACAAUUCCAAACUUCCAACUUUCUCGACCUAGAGUUAGAAACAAUUGGAGAAAAUAUUGUGAAAUGUUGUGCAGGGGUUCCUUUAGCAAUUAGGUCCAUAGGAAGCUUUUUAUGCCUUGAAAGAACCAAAUCAAAGUGGUCACGUGUGCUUGAAAAUAUAACCCAACAAGGAACUGGUAUUGAGCCAAUUUUAAGGUUAAGUUAUGGUCAUCUUCCAUCACAUUUGAAACAAUGCUUUGCUUAUUGUUCUUUAUUUCCCAAGGAUUAUAGAAUCAGUAACCAUGCUUUGAUAAAGCUUUGGAUGGCUCAAGGAUUUAUUCAGUCACCAGACAAAGGCCAAUCUCUAAAGGAUGUUGGUCAUGAUUACUUCAUAGAUUUGCUUUGGAGAUCUUUCUUUCAAGAGGCAGAAAAAGAUUUUUUUGGCAAUAUAGCAAGUUGCAAGAUGCAUGAUCUGAUGUAUGAUCUUGCCAAAUCUGUUGCUGGAAUUGAGUGCUUUGUUCUUACAAAUUUAAAUGUAGAAAAUUUAGAUGAAAACACACGUCAUGUGUCAUUUGGUGAGAAAUUAGAUUUUUCAUCGAAUAUUCCAAGUGUCUCACUCAAGGCAAAUAAAAUAAGAACAUUUUUUCGAUCACUUCACUUCAAAGAAAAUGAGUCCAGUAGGGAUAAAAUUAUAAAAAGCUUUAAAUGUUUACGAGUGUUGGAUUUGAAAUUCUCAACGUUUGAAAAAGUACCGCAUUCUAUUUGUAGAUUAAAACAUCUAUAUUAUCUUGAUCUUUCUUGGAACAAUGAUAUUAGAGAAGUACCUAAUUUUGUGACAAGGCUACAUAAUUUGCAAACACUGGGUCUCAAUUCCUGUAGAAGUCUCCAGGAAUUGCUAAGAGAUAUUGGAAACAUGGUGAGGCUUAGGCAUCUUGAAAUUGAUUGUUGUUAUGAAUUAAGAUAUAUGCCAUGUGGAUUGAGGCAAUUGAUUUGUCUUACAACAUUACUGAGCCAAGGGGAUGAAGCAAGUUUGGAUGAGGAACAGGUGUUGGAAAGCCUACGACCACAUCCAAAUCUCAAGGUGUUGUGGGUAUCGGAGUUUAAUGGAGCCAAAACACGUGUCAAAAAUAGAAACAGACAUGUUAAUAGCAACGACGCUCUUCCCAUCCCUAAAUCUCUGAGGAUUUUCGAUUGUCCCAAUCUCAAGGGAUGGUGGAGGAGGAGGAAGGAAGAUGAUGAGGAUAAUGAAGAAUCAACUGAAGCAUCAACUGUAGAGUUGCUGCUUCACUUUCCUUACCUUUCCAGAUUACUUAUUUGGGGAUGUCCUAAGCUAACCUCUCUCCCAUUGUUUUCAACUCUCAAUGACAAGUUGGUCUUGUUGAGUACUAGUGGAAGGCUAUUGCAGCAGACAAUGAGGAUGAGAACCAAGGUGAAGAUAACAUCAGCUGCAACAACAUCAUCAUCGACUACUCUUCCUCUCUCCAAUUUGAAGUCCUUGAGUUUAAAUGGGAUUGAAAAUGCAGAAUCUGCGUUAAAGGAGUUUUUACAAAACUCCAGCUGCAUUUGUCUUGAGUCUCUAGAGAUUGAAAAUUGUCUUGAAUUCACAUCGUUGCAGAUAGAAAUGCAUGCCCUCACCUCUUUAAGAAAGUUGACAAUUAAUGGUUGUCACAAUUUGAUGGCUUUGCCCGACUGGAUAUCCAAUCUCACUUCCCUCAAAGAGUUGGAAAUUAGAAACUCCCACAAACUACAAUCAUUGCUAGAAGGGAUGAGUCGACUUGCCAAUCUACGCCUUAUUCAAAUCAUUUAUUGUCCCCAUUUGAGUGAAAGAUGCAAAAGGGACACCGGUGCCGAUUGGACUAAGAUUUCUCACGUCCCAGAUAUUUGCAUUGUUUGA